AUGGCUGCAUUAAGGGGAACGGCAUGGAGAGGUAGAGACUGCAGAGACGACCAUGCUGAUAUAUAUGCAGGCACAUGGCCGGCAGAUGGGGAUAAAUUUCAGGAUUCAAACUGUAACGGGAUACAUGGCACGAAUCCGGAUACGGGACAGUCCUACGAGAGGGAGUUAUGCAGCGGAAGCCGGCCUAUGGGGACCAUCGUGAUUGGUGAUUCAGCAAGCGCACACUUCCACGCGCCCCCGGAGUGGUUCACUGUCAGGGAUCUGUCUAAGGACAUCCUGCAGAAUCUGACAAAUGUGAUUGAAAACGAACUAGACUGGCCACAUCUGUCCUAUUUCACUGGUUUUGAAAACAUCAGCUGGCCAAUCAUUCACGGUACGACGCAAUCGGUCUAUAGCCGCAUGCGGGAACGAAACCGCUGCAAUCACCGCGAUUACCAGAACCUCGCUGUUAACGGUGCGAGUUCAUUUGAUUUAUACAGUAUUAGAGAAGCGCUGGCUAGGAACCCGAGGAACGACUACCCCGCGUUUGUCGCGAUUGCGCUGGUCGGAAAUGACGUGUGCAAUCAUUACCCCGACACACUGGCACACAUGACGACACCAGAGCAGAUGCGAUACAACCUGCUGGACACACUCGUGUGGCUGGACAGCCACCUUCCAGCAGGUAGUCACGUGUUACUUGGUGGUUUAGCCGAUGGGCGUGUCCUGUACGAGGCCCUGCAUAAUAGGGUACACCCUAUUGGUUCACUGAGAGGUGACGUCAAGUACACUGAUGUUUACAAUUGGUUUAACUGUCUAGAGGUCACUCCAUGCAUGGGAUGGAUGAACACCAAUGAAACAAUGCGUGACCUCACCUCCAAGAGAGCUGCGGAGUUGACGGAAGCUAUCAAGCAGCUGGCUCUAGAAUACACCAACACGUUCAUAAAUUUCGAUGUGCAUUUUCUUCCAUGCCCGAUGCAAGAAGCAAUCGAUAUCUGGGUAAAACAAGGGAGAGAGAUCUGGGAGCUGAUAGAACCAGCUGACGGUUUCCACCCAAACCAGUUUGGGAACAAGCUGUUCGCAGAUGUAUUGUGGCGCCACCUCGAGUCUGAAUUUCCCCACAUUAUUGGCCAGGAGAACCCUAACAAUGAUGUCAUAGCCGCUACGUUUGGUGAUCAGGGCGGUUACUAGCUGUAAGAAACCUAUGCUAGGAAAACUACAAAACUAAACACAUCUGUGUCAUUUAUUUAUGGAUCAGUUAUGUAUGCUACUGACGUAAUGCUAUAUUGUAAAAUUACAAUAAAAUGACUGUAAUGGUGCCGCUCUUUAACGAUAGACGUUUCUUGAAAUAAUAGGUAGGUUAAAUAUAUAUAUUUAAAAUCCUGCUACAUGGGAUUUAAGCACGUUAAAGACAUGUUAAUUCCUAAAGAAGCUUGAACUUCUGGUUUGUUUUCGGAGUUCAACGAUGAGGAGUAGGGCGCCAUUAAUAGUGUAUGGAAUCAAACAGCUAUUAAUAGCUUAUUGUAUAUAAUUAUAACGUUCAUCGUUUUCACAAAGAACAGAUCUGCUUGUUUCCUAAAUGCUAUAAAUUAUCAUUAAUAUUAUACUAUUAUUACUCGUUGUUGUGUAAGUGUUUUAUGUGAAGAAUUGCAUUGACUCGUGUGUCAAGGCUAUUCUCGCAGCUCGUGGUUCUCAUUUGGGGGAGGAGGGCGAUCACCAAUUGUUCUUGCAUAUAUUCUCGUUAAAAUUUCACUUUGAAUGCGGAAAAAGAAAACUAUUAAGCGGUUUAUUUCUGUUAUCCGUAUAGUUACUGUAAAUGGUUGCUUUCUUGUGUGGGGAGCCCGCAUCACUGGGAAAUGCUGACCUCUGGAAGCCAUUGGCUGGAAAAAUCUAUUCUUAUACACAUUGACACAGAUGAUUAUAAGGGAUGUCUGCAAUGCAUUGGCAUUGAUGGUAUAUGAGGAGAGACCAAUGUAAGACCAAUUUCUUGCUUUUAGGAGAAAUAUCUCUGGCAUCUCCUGCAUUAGGCUUCGGUAUUUUGAAAAGUUAUGUUGAAAAAUAAAUGCGAGCCU